AUGGGGUGUGGCGCAAGUGCCCAAAAGGUCUUGGCCGUCGCUCCGGUGUCGACUAAUGCCGACGACUACUUCCCCUAUGAGGGCACAGGCCCAUGGUAUACCUGCAAGCCCGACGGCCUUGUGCUGCCGCGAUUAGCAAAAAGCGGUGCAGCUGGUGCCACAGAGUGCCCCCCGCACACUUUGCAGUCGCUCUUGAAGAAAGCUGCCGAUGAAAAGGGCGAUCGGCCGGCUCUGAAAGCUGAGAAGCCGUGCCCUGCUCUGCAAGUUGAUUCCGGCGUCCCCCCGGCGCUCCCGGAUGCGGACUGGGCGACCUGGACCUAUCGAGAGUACUAUGAAGACGCUCGCAAAGCUGCCAAAGCCUUCGUGAGGCUCGGAUUUGAGCCCUUUGAUACUGUGGCCAUUUGGGGCUUCAACUCCCCGGAGUGGAUGCUCAGCGCUCUUGCUGCAGGCUUCGCAGGCGGUAAAGUGGGAGGCCUCUACCCCACAGACACGCCCCAAACUGCUGCUUUCAAAGUGGUGCACAGCGGUGCCAGCAUCGUCGUGGUUGAGGACCCAGGGAAGCUUACUCGACUCACUGCGGCCUUAGCAGCGCGUCAGGAUCCGUCUGCUUGCAAGAUAAAGGCCUUCGUUGGCUACGGCUUUGAGCCGGCGCCAGGUGAAUCCAUUCAGAUUCCUGGGAGCAACCUCGUGGUACCGGUUAUGAGCUGGUCCAACCUCAUGGACUUUGGUUCAAAGGAAGAUGAUGCAAUCAUUGACGCACGUAGCAAAGCUGUCCAGCCAGGACAUUGUGCCGUGCUUGUGUAUACAUCUGGUACGACUGGAGAGCCUAAGGCUGUCAUGCUGUCACAUGACUGCAUGGUUUUCGAGGCACUGACAUUCCUCAACGUUGCUCGAUCUCACGUGGGCCUUUGCGCUUCAGCGCAGCAGGAGCGCAUCCUCUCGUACCUUCCGCUUUCACAUGUAGCUGGAAAGAUGGUGGACGUGUGCUUCCCCUUCGUGGCGACUGCCUCGUCAUCUGCCUGGGUCACAGCAUACUUCGCGAGGCCGUACGACCUGAAAGCCGGAAGUUUGAAGGACAGACUCAAGGUUGCGAGACCCACUGUCUUCCUUGGCGUUCCGCUGGUGUGGGAGAAGAUCGCAGACAGGCUGCGUGCGGUGGGCGCUUCUACCACAGGCAUCAAGAAGAAGCUCUCGACUUGGGCCAAGGCCAAGGGCCUCCAGCACGCAAGGGCUUGCCAGAUGGGAGGCGAUGGCUUGGAGCCUUUCGCAUACGGCGCUGCCAGCAAGCUUGUCCUCAAGAAGGUGAAGGGCAUUCUGGGUCUCGAUGAACUCAAGUUCGCAGUCACCGGUGCUGCACCAAUCCGGGUGGACACCCUGGAGUACUUCGGCUCCCUUGGCAUCAACAUCAAUGAAGUUUAUGGCAUGUCGGAAAGCUGUGCCGCCUGCACAAUUUCCACGGAUAGGGCCCAUUUGUGGGGAUCCUGCGGCUAUCAGCUGCCAGGAGUGGAGGUGAAGGCGUUCAAGGUAGAUUCAACGGACAUGAACAGGAAGGAGGAAUGUCCACGGUCGGUCUCUCUCGACUCCAUUGACGAAAAGUUCCAGGGAGAGCUAUGUUUCCGAGGCCGCAGUAUCAUGAUGGGCUAUUUGGCGCAGCCCAGCCUGGGUGCAGAUCACGUAAAGGAGGUCGAGCGCAAGACUGCGGAAACGAUCGAUGCGGAAGGAUGGCUGCAUUCGGGUGACAAGGGAAUGGUCACACAAACAGGGAUGGUCAAGAUCACCGGACGAUACAAGGAGCUUAUCAUUGGCGAAGGUGGUGAAAACAUAGCACCGGUGCCGAUUGAAGACCACAUCAAGGGCUGGUGUGAUGGCAUUAACGAAGUCAUGCUGAUUGGUGACAAGCGCAAGUACAACGUGGCUUUAGUGACAUUGAAGGCCGUUGGUGCCAACGGCGAGAGUCCAGGCACAGAUCAAUUGGAUGCCGGGGCUGCUCGGGUGAAUCCACAAGUGACAACGAUCAUGCAAGCCAUGGAUGAUCGAUUCUGGAUCGAGCAGAUAACUCUGGCCAUCAAUUCUGCGAACUGCAAUGGUAAGAUAUGCCCGAACAAUGCCUUCAAAGUUCAGAAGUUUAUGAUUCUGCCGACAAACUUUUCCGAAGAGCAGGGCUUCCUAACCCCAACAAAGAAACUGAAGAGGCCUGUUGUCGAGAAGGCUUUCGAAAAGCAGAUCGACAUGAUGUACAGAUCCAGUGGCACCUACGUGCGGUAUGCUAGUUUCGAGGUCGGCCUGAGCUCUGCAGAGCUGAGCCGGAGAGAGUUGAUUGCACAUAGCAGAAGCUUGCUGCACGUGCUUGUGCGAGCACCUUCGAAGGAUACAACACGGCGAUGCCUUUGCGCCGGCGGCGGAUUGCUGGCUUCGCUGCACUCUUGGUCAUCCAGCAGGUCCCGGUCCCCCCAUGCCAGGCGCAGAUGCCAGGGCAAAGACACAGUGGUAACUGAUGCCGUUCAGGAGGACCUGGCCAUCACCAAGAGCCGCUUCUGUCAUGGCUGGACAAUCGCCCAGCUGCAGAAGGAUGAAGCAAUACGAUGUGAACCUGAGCGCGCGGAGAUCGCCUUGCUGCCCAGCCUCCGAGGACUGCCGGAGAGGCUGGCGCAGAGGAAGUUCGAGCUCGUGAAGCGCGGACUUCUUCUGAAAGAUGAGCUUCAGCUCUUCCCCGAGCAACGCACCCACCGUGACGCUCUCUGCACGGUGACAUUUGUUGGUAGCUUCCUGCUUUUUAUUGCCUUGGGCAUCUCGUGCAAAGCACAGCCUGGCUCGGAGAGCGCGCUGCUCCCGGCUCCACAAUUUCUUGAGACGAGGCAAUCCUGGCCAACUGUUUUCCACAUAGAUGCAGCACGGCGGCUAACAAGUCAAGAAGACCGUGUGAGCUGGAACGUUCUUCUUUCGGUAGUCACUGUCAGCUCCGCUGUCGGCUUCCUUUGCGCAUUGGUGGUAUUGCAAUUACUACGAUCUGGCGGAGAGCAAAUCCUUUUUCAGUGUACUAUGCUCUUGCCGGCGCUGAGGCUGAUCACAGGCCUUUUUUGUUUGUGUUACCCCUGGAACAACUUCACCCCCCAAGAAUACUACCAUGGAAUGGACGAUGACGUUAUCCGGUACCUGGCUUAUGCUUUCUACAUCUUGGUCGGUGGGUCGUUGACGAUCUGUUCUCUUUGCAACUGCUGCAUUUCCAUGCACGUGCGGCAUCUUGCGCGUCCAUGGCUUUCUCUUCAAGCAAGCCUGAUGAAAUGUGUGAGCAUGGUCGUACUCGCCAAUCCUGGCAUGCUCCUGGUACCGCUCGGGUGUGCCGUGCUGCUUUACUUCUGGAUCGUUGGCUGCAUCUCAGCUUUCACGUCCAUCCUCGAUACUGAAACGAGCGGGUGGCCGGAAUCAGCCAUCAUCCCGACCAUUCUGCUCAUCAGCUGGGGGGGAGGUGUCGCCUCGUAUACUUCCAUCCUGGCCUUCUGCGGGGUUUACAGCCGAUGGUAUCACUCGCGCCCUGAAGCACCAGUCUUAGCGAGCCUGAGGAGUGCCGUAGCCUUUGGCUUGGGAACAGCAUGUUUGGCUUCGUUCCUGCGACCAACGUUUCGCAUGAUCGAGCUUUUGGGCAGGAUUAUCCAGCCGUCGGGCCCCGACUGCAAAGCAAACUCCGUGAGAGCUUGCAUGACAUGCACGUGCGGCUGGGUGCUGGAGUUUACGUUCUGUUUGGUUGGCGAUGUUUCUCGAUUCUUCGAUACCUGGGCAUUCACGCAGUGUGCCAUCCGUAACGGUUCCUUCUUCCAGUCAUCAUAUAUUACGUUUGCUUUCUGCACAUGCUCGAACGUGACCCUCCUUACAAGAAACCUCGUCCUGGAUUAUGUCACAGGUUCUGGCACCCAAGCGGGCGGCUUGCUGGGCUUGCUCGUUGGUGCAGUUGCACACUAUCUAGGCAAGUUUCCGUGGCUUUACUGGGCGCCAGCAACCGGCUUCGUCUGCGCGACGAUCAUGACCAGUAUCGUGCUCAGUGUGGCCAAGACGGGUUUCAAGUCCAUCCUGGCGCUGUGGGCGGAGAGUUGCCAGCUCCAGCAGCUGUCCCCGGAGACACAUGGUGCCAUCGUGUCCUGUAUCAAGAGGAGACUGGAGGAGGAGGGCCAACGCCAGCGCACGGUCUCAGAGAUGUCGCAGUUGAGCCGAUAA